AUGGCUUACCCUGAACCAAAUAAUUCCUUCGUGUUGCACACCGACGCAUCCGAAAGCGGUUUGGGCGCUGUACUGUACCAACAACAGAAUGAGGUUCUACGUGUCAUCGCUUACGGUUCCCGCACGUUGACGACAGCUGAGAAAAACUACCAUCUUCAUUCCGGAAAGUUAGAAUUUCUCGCGCUAAAGUGGGCAAUUUGCGAACAGUUCAGAGACUAUCUUUACUAUGCGCCAAGUUUUGUUGUGUUCACUGAUAACAACCCAUUGACAUAUGUCUUGUCUACGGCCAAAUUAAACGCAACAGGACUUAGAUGGGUAGGAGAGUUAGCAGAUUUCAACUUCACCAUUCGUUAUCGACCUGGGAAAGCAAACGCUGAUGCCGACACAUUAUUGCGAGUGCCAAAAGAUAUGGACAACUACAUGAAACUAUGUACUGAAGAAACGACACAAGACGAGUUACGGACAAUAAUCCAAACAGUGAAUCUCCAAGAGCAGGGAAAGGUGAACUGGGUGUUUUCGCUGAUCCAACUAUCCUAAAUGUCGACGCAUCAAGAACCCCAAAGAGCAACAGAUCAACAUUGGAAGUUGAUGACAUAAGACAAGCUCAAAUCGAAGAUAGUAUUAUUGGUAAAGUGUACUCCUUUAUCAAAGCAGACAAGCGACCUACAACAAGUGAGCGAGCCCGUGAAUCAACCGACAGACACUCGCUUCUCCACGAAUGGCAGAGCCUGUCAAUUUGUUCAGACGGAGUGUUAAGGCGAAAGAAAGGAACACACGACCAAAUAGUCCUACCCAGAAAGUACCACGCAAUGAUACUAAGAGAACUCCACAACAACAUGGGUCAUCUUGGGUCUGAUCGUAUUCUACAUCUAGCCAGAGAUCGGUUCUACUGGCCUCGUAUGCAACGGGACGUUGAACAUUACGUAAAGAACGUGUGUCGCUGUGUGAAACAAAAACCACUAAAAAUACGAGCUCCACUGCAACCGAUUAUAACUACUUCGCCAUUCGAGUUGGUGUCAAUCGAUUUUGUUCAUCUGGAGAGGUCGAGUGGUGGGUUUGAGUACAUCUUUGUGAUCGUUGAUCACUUUACACGAUACGCGCAAGCUUACCCGACUCGAAACAAAGCUGGAAAAACCGUUGCAGAGAAGCUUUACAACGAUUUCGUGUUACGUUUUGGGUUUCCCGCCAAAUUCCAUCACGACCAGGGUGGGGAAUUCGAGAAUCAACUCCUCGGUAGGCUGGAACAACUUUGUGGCGUAAAGCAUUCCCGGACGACCCCUUACCACCCGCAGGGUAACGGCCAAGUGGAAAGAUUUAAUAGGACGCUGUUAGACAUGCUCAGAACACUCCCUGAAAAUCAAAAGUAAUGCUGGAAAGACCAUGUUAACAAGGUUGUACAUGCGUACAACUGUACACGGAACGACACAACCGGGUAUUCACCAUUCUUUCUCCUCUUUGGGCGACAACCCCGACUACAAAUCGACCUUCUGCUCGAUCCCAACCUAGUAACCACCAGCAAGACCUAUCCCCAGUACGUGUCAGAGUGGAAAAACGCCAUGCAUGAGGCAUAUCAGCUGGCUGGACGAACGGCAAAAAAGAAAGGUGAUAAAGCGAAGAAACACUACGAUCGUUGGGUACGGAGUUCGGUACUACAGCCCGGCGAUAGAGUAUUGGUACGGAACUUGAGUGAACGAGGCGGUCCUGGAAAGUUGAGAUCAUACUGGGAAAAGGACAUCCACGUUGUUGUGCGAAGAAAGAGUGCAGAAAGUCCAGUCUACGAGGUCAAACCUGAAGGUACUCCGAAGAAAAGGCGGACGUUGCAUAGAAAUCUUCUCCUUCCGUGUGAUUUCUUGCCAAUGGACAGCCAAACAACCGAUGGAGCUCCAUCACCACGACCUAGUAACAGACGACAAGCGGAACACGCUAAUCCGAAUACAAACAGUAGUGAGUUGUCUAGUGAUGACGAAGACCCACAGGAAGCCAUAGUGAACGUCCAUCCCAGAAAUACACACCCUAACGUUUCGGUCGAGAACGCAGUCGAGAACGAGAACGCAGUCGAGAACGAGAACGUAGUAGAAAACGAGAACGUAGUAGAAAACGAGAACGCAGUCGAGAACGAGAACGCAGUCGAGAACAAGAACGCAGUCCAGAACGAGAAUGGGAACGCAGUUGCAAACGAGAACGUAGUCGAGAACCAGAAUGACAACGCAGGCGAGGCGGAGAACGCGGUCCACACCGAGGGUGUCUCAGAAUUACCAGCACAGAUUGAACAACCAGGAGCAAGAAGAUCAAGGCACCCACCUGACCGCUUGACAUAUUACGGACUUGGCCAAGCUGACCCAGCAAAUGUAUUCUACAUGACAGCAACAACUCCAUCACCUCCGUUUACGUGGCCACCACCCUUGAUGUUUCCAGAGAAUACACCCUUUCCCUUUGUCCACCCAUUACCUAUGCACAAGGGUGGGUUGACUACAAAAUUUUUGUAGUUCGCUAUAACUACAGCUACUUCAAAAAUAUGUAGUCAGCUACAACUACUGCUACUUUUGAACAAAGGUAGUUCGCUACUGACUACAGCUACUGCUUAAAAAAUGUAGCGAACUAUUUCGCUAUUUCGCUACUCUAUAUUUUUUAGUUUUAAGGUAUUUGGAGCAUCCACUAGCUCAGGCUGUAAUAUAACCUAUAAUAAACAAAUCGACAUACGAGUAGCAACAGUAAACAAAAGGGUCAAAGCAACAUUUUUAUAUGCACUACAGUGUUCAGGAGUGCCACUUUUCAUUGCGCUAAAAUAGUCUUUACUGUACAAAAUACUCUUUUAAGCAAACUAUGUCCUAAUAUCAUUCUAUUCUAUGAACGGUUGUUAACAAUUUUAAAAAGUAGCGAAUAGCGAUUCGCUCUUUGGAAAGUAGUCAACUACUUGGCUACUUUUAGGCAAAAUGUAGUUCGCUAUAACCACAACUACUAUUUUAAAAAAGUAGUCAAAAACUACUGGCUACUUGAAAAUUGUAGUUCACUACAGUAGCUAACUACAACUACUUCGCUACUACCCACCCUUGCCUAUGCAUUGGCCCCCUUUCGUGAACCCAUACCCAUUCCCCCACCCCAACACACCCUUUCCAUCAGCCAGCCACUAUUUCUAUGGACAGCCGGCGAUGCC